AUGCACACUCCCGGCACGACCGCCCUGGGAGAUGCAUCCGCUGCUGACAUCAUGGACAUAUGUGAAUCUAUCCUGGAAAGGAAGCGACAUGACAGUGAAAGGUCUACGUGUAGUGUCUUGGAGCAGACAGACAUGGAAGCUGUUGAAGCCCUUGUUUGCAUGAGCUCUUGGGGUCAAAGAUCCCAAAAAAGUGACCUCUUAAAGUUAAGACCACUUACCCCAGUCUCUGAUUCAGGGGAUUUUACCUCCCUGCAUGGUGAGGCUGCCGUCACCGAGAUACCAAAGGACUUCCAUUCUCUUUCCACCCUGUGUAUGACUCCCCCUCACAGUCCUGAUCUUCUAGAACCAUGUUCUUCAUUGCUUCUUCCCUCCCAAGUUACUUCCCAGACAAGAACAGUGCCAGCCAACUCAUUGAUCUGUUCGGCGCCCUCUGAAAAUACGGCCUCUACUUUGGUAGCCAAAUUGUCAAAAAUGAAGGUGGUGCCAGGACUGCCUGAUCAAAAGCCAGAGGUGUCAGAGCCAACUUCUCUUCAGCCCUGCAAAGCCAUGGUAACCAGUGUGAUCCGACACACGGGGGACAAUUCUGCUUCCUCUCACAUUCCUGCAACCCAAGGGGAAAUGGAAGGUAUUUCAGGCAACAGAAAUCCCACAGGACUGAAGGAAACUGACCACUCAGGACAUCCUGAAGCUUUGCAGACUGUGCACCUCGAAAGUGGUUUAAACUAUGCUAACUUAGUCUCCUGUCAGCCUCGUUUACAAAAUUUUGGUUCCUCUAUUCUUCCUGAUAAAGGACAACAGGGGGUAUGGCCCAUCAUAACACAGACCUGCUCACCAAAGAGUUGUGAAAGUGAUACCCCCAGGAAAACUGCCUCUUAUAUCUCUGUCCCUGUUCCUAUACGCCCUCCCCCUGUCCUCUGCCAAAUGAUCCCAGUGACUGGUCAUAGUGGUGGUGGUAUGGUUUCAGCUUUCUUGAAGCCCCCUUCCCAGACAAGCCCAGCACCCAUCAAGCCCAUUUUACCCCAAACUGCUCCGAUCUCUCAGCCUGUCCUCAUGGGAGCUUCGGUGCCUCAAGGAGCUGUGAUGCUGGUCUUCCCCCAUGCUGCUCUCCCACAGCCAGCACCUUGCCAACCAAAUGUCAUGACUGUGGGGAAUACCAAGUUACUCCCUCUUGCCCCUGCUCCAGUCUUCAUUACGCCUAGUCAAAGUUGUGUCCCUUCAGUAGACUUCUCCCGAAGAAGAAACUAUGUUUGUAACUUUCCAGGAUGCAGAAAAACUUAUUUCAAAAGUUCCCACCUCAAGGCCCAUCUUCGUACUCACACUGGAGAAAAGCCUUUCAACUGCAGCUGGGAAGGUUGUGAUAAAAAAUUUGCUCGCUCAGAUGAACUUUCUCGACACCGCAGAACUCAUACAGGAGAGAAGAAAUUUGUGUGCCCUGUGUGUGCUCGGCGAUUUAUGAGGAGUGAUCACUUGACAAAACAUGCCCGGCGACACAUGGCUGCCAAGAAGAUUCCGAACUGGCAGGCUGAAGUGGGCAAACUCAACAGAAUCGCUUCAUCAGAGAAACCUGGGAGCACUGGUGUGUCUCUGAGCCCACUGGUCCCCAUGCCAUCAUGCUCUGCCUAAGAAAUCAUUCAGGACAUAAUCCCUAUCUGACAUUUUUUAAAAAGUCUUUAUUUAGGACACUGGUAAUGGCUAAACACAGAAUUUGACAUAUUUUGUUUUCUGGGUUUUUUUUGGGCAGUUCCUGAUGAAAGCAUGUUAACUUUUUUCCCUUUAAUUUGAGGCCCUGUUCACAAUUAUGGUUUUGCAAUUUUAAAGAGCUUUUGUUUUUUGUUUUUAUUUUUUCAAGGAAGAUGGUCAAAAAAUUGAUAAUCUG